GCGGCCAUGGCGGCCAUGGCGGGAGUGCUGCUGCGGGCCGCUCGUACCGCGGCCGUGCGGGGAUCGCUGUCACCGCUGAGGGCAGCCCGGGCGCUCCCGGUUUGCAGGCUGAAGUCAUCAGUCAGCUUUCUUACUCGACCAGAUCGACCAAAUAUUGCUUAUCAGAAACUAAAAGGCAGGAAUCCAGGGGUUAUUUUCCUUCCAGGCUUCAACUCAAAUAUGAAUGGUCAAAAAGCAACUGCCCUUGAAGAUUUCUGCAAAUCGUUAGGUCAUGCCUACAUCAGAUUUGAUUAUACAGGAUGUGGAAGUUCAGAUGGUAAAUUUGAAGAGUGUACAAUUGGGAAGUGGAGAAAAGAUGUUCUAUCUAUACUGGAUGAACUUACAGAAGGACCACAGAUUCUGGUGGGCUCCAGUAUGGGUGGAUGGCUAAUGCUUCAUGCUGCAAUAGCACGCCCAGAUAAAGUAGCUGCUCUGGUUGGAGUAGCUGUAGCAGCAGAUCAUGUUGUAACAGCUUUUAAGAGGCUACCCAUUGAGGCACAAAAAGAAAUAGAAGAAAAGGGUGAAUGGAAGUAUCARACAAAGCAAAAUGAGGAAGGAUUUUACUCCUUGACAUACGACUUUAUCAGAGAAGCAGAAAAUCAUUGUGUGCUGAAUAGUCCUAUUCCUGUAACGUGUCCYGUGCGACUUAUCCAUGGCAUGAAGGAUGGUGAUGUCCCUUGGCAGAUCUCUAUGCAAGUUGCUGAUCGUGUUUUGAGCAAGGAYGUGGAUGUUAUCCUCCGCAAAAUCGGCCAGCAUCGCAUGAGUGACAAGGAGGAUACAAAACUCCUUGUGAAUACUGUUGAUGAUUUAAUUGACAAGCUGUCAACAGUAGCAUAAGCUGCAGAGUAGCAUUAGUGCAUGAACUUUACACCUGACUCUUUUCCUUGAGUAACAGAAGCCUUGUUCUUACCCAGAUGGUGGCAGGCCUGUGACUGUCACAGUAGGAACUGAGCUUUAUCUGCUGUUUCCUUACCUCUGUUUCAUAAAUACAGGUAUUGUAUUAUUGCUGCAUUUGCACACAGUCCAAAGUGUGAAGGAGUGCUGCUAUUGUGUUCAGAACCUCUCCUUCACCACUUUCACCAUUUUUUUCAAAAAUUGCCUACAAUUUUAUACUGAAAUGUUGAUUUUUGUUACUAUUGGCCUGUACAGUAAAGUUUUAUUUUCACAUCUUUGACACCUAUUAUUGUCCUUGUGCUGUAUCAUUGUAUCUUAUGUCUGAAACCACCUGUGCAAGGCAAAAUACAACUUGACUGUUUACUGAAGUUAAUUAUUAGAGAUAGUGAGUACCGUGAAGCACAAUAAACACAUUUCAGAUAAAUGGUUAUUUUGCUCUGAAGUGCUGUUAAAAUUAAAAAGUGGAAGGCACACCCUGAUGGUGUGCUUGGGGUACUACAUAGGGAAGAAUUUGACUUCUAAGAAUGCAGGGCCUCAAGGYGUUAAGAACUCUUUAUCUGUGCUUAUCAGGAGRGUGUGUGUCAUCUUCUCCAGGCUGYCUGUCAUUGUUCAUUUGUGGGCCUAAUGUUAAGGGAUCAAUAUAUUGGUGUGUAUUGAAAGUGGAUUAGUAAGGUGACUUUCUUAGUAACUUCUUCUGAGUGGGCAGUGCAGUGCCAUAGGGCACUGCUGCCUCUGCCAUAAUUUGAGAGCUUUAGUUUACUGGGUACAGUUCUUGAGYUGCGUGUGUGCAGCCAUGAGAAGUGGAACUUGUUAGUUGGAUAAUUCUUACAAUGUAAAGCCAUAUAAUUUAAUAAGAAAUUGAUUUAAUUGCAAAUAUGACUAUAACCUGGCUUUUCUACAGAAAUACAGUACCAUUCAUCCACCUGAGAGAGAGGAACUUAGGUGAGAGGCUUUAAYUAGUUUAUUUUGGCCUUAUUGUGUAACAUCAGUGAAAAGCAUAUAGUUGUGUCUGSUUUUAUUAUUUUAAGUAGUAAAUGGCAACACUAUUGUUACCUUAAAAGACUAAAGCUGCUGUGGGUAAGGUAUUUCUAGGGAGUUCAUCAUUUUCAGUUUUAGCUUUGUCAGUAGAAGUGUGCUGAAUAGGGUUUUGUUGAAGUAGUGGGUUUCAUGUAAAAAAAAGUACAAACAAUUGAACUAAAAAAAAAAAAAACCAGCAACAACAAAACCUAAAUUUCAGUAGAGUUCUGUGAAGUACAGUUUUAUUUAGGCUUCAGUACUGCAAAAACUGAGAAGCUGUGAUGUAAAAAAUUUCAAUUUUGAUAUAAGAGUUAAAAAAGUUGACUCUUGUAUAGAUGCAAAUUUUUCAAUUCAAGURUACCAGUUCCCUAACUCAGUUAAUCAUAGAAUCAUAGAAUGGUUUGCUUUAGAAGAGAYRUUAGAGAUCAUCUAGUUCCAACCCGCCUACCAUGGGCCACUAGACCMGGUUGUUCAGAGCCCCAUCCAACACUUCCAGGGAUGGGGCAUCYACCCUGGAAUGCCCAAUCUUCUAUUGGGCAACCWGUUCCAGUGCCUCACAGUAAAGAAUUUUUCCCUCUCUAUCUAAUCUAAACAUUCUCUUCAGUUUGAACAGAUUCUCCCCCUUGUUCUGUCACUACAUGAUCUUAGAAAUAGUCUCUAUCCAGUUCAGGAUAAUCUAGAUUGGGGUAAUUGCUUGAGGAAUUAGAACAUUUCAUGAAAUCUUGUUCCCAAGUAUUUCUSGCAUGGACUGUUCUUCUGUCUGUAUCACUAUGCAAUUCACUUAAGCUUUAAAACCUCUGGAAUGUGUUUUUAUUUUUUGAGAAAGUUAAUGAAAAUUGCAUUCCUGGAGUUGGAGCUGUGUUCAUGUUUAUGUACUGUUAAACAGUUGUCAUCUCAUGUGUUUGUAUCACUUGUGUCUGAUAAGACCUAAAAAAUAGAUUUUCCAAGUUUUAAAGAUGCAGUCAAAAUUAUUUCAAAACUUUCUGCCCUAAGAGAUGAUCGAGUUUUUUAAAUMCCCAGUUUUGUCACCUCUUAGAUUGGUUUGGCUCGUAGUGGAAGAAAAAGAUUUAAAAAGUGAACUGCAGUAAUUCCAAAGUAAUUAAUUAAUGCCCAGAGUUACAAGUUGUAGUAGAUGUACUUUUUCUACACACAUAUUAAAGUUACUUCGGUGAUGGAAAGUUUUGAGCCUUUUUUAGUUGGGGAGUUAUACCUGUAAACACACAGAUAGAGGCUUUGUGUGCCUGCAUAAACUGUAGCUAUGUAUUUCUCUUGAAAGUGUUGUUGCAUUUGUGCUUCACCUUAGUCAUUAUUAAAUAAUUGAUAUUUUACUGGUAAGGUGUCUGUUGCAAUGCCUUAGAGUAAGAUAGUUUAAAGCAAAUGUGAAAUGGUGCAGUUGUGUAAAUAGUUCUCAGGAGGGUUUUUUUCUUGUUUACUGGUGGUGUUUUGUGUUGUUGCCCCCCCCCCCCCUUUUUCUGCAGUAGUAGCAUGAGGUGGGAGAAUUCAGUAUAACAGGGUUGGCACAGUUGUUGAGAAUAAAAACUGCAGGAUCAGUUGCUCAAACCACAGCAUUACUGAAAAUUUAAUCCCAKGGGAGGGGUUUUUGCUGCACCUUGCUUUGUAGUUCUGUUUUCCUUCUCUGCUGCCUAAAUGGAGAUGAGUGGUAGCAUUUACAUUCCAGGUACACCCAAAGUUUGUUAUCUAUGGCCUAAAUGCAAAGACAGAGGUGAUCCUUCUUCAUAGAGACAGUAUUCCAGGUAGUGUUUUGAAAUUCAGUGAGUACUAGUAUCCUCUCUGUGCUCACUUUUGAUUUUUGUAAAUCUGGUUUGCUUAAAUAGAAAAAGUAGGCUCUAAAGUAGCUUUAUGCAGACAGAUCUUUUUCUCUGCCAUGGUUGUUCCAUUGGUAUUUAUCUUUGCAAGCAUAAGCAUUUUCCCCACGUUCAUGGUGGAAAUUGCCAGAGUUUUGGCUGUUGACAACUUGGCGUGUUCAGAUGCCUGCAAGAAGGGAUAGUGAUAACUAGAGACCUUUGCAUCCCACCUCUGAGUAACUGUUGACCUACCAGGAAGUUUUGUCGUCUGGAAUAAUGUGUUAUUCCCAUAUUAUGGUGUCAUUCCAUAUUGGAGCUUUUUUGUACCCUGAGUUAAUGCCUGGGGCAUUGCUUUCUUCUUUGCCAGUAGAUGCCUACAUAGUAAUUAUUUUCAGUAUUAGUCAUGUUUAAAAACUAGUAUUUCACUCCUSUGUAGAGAUACUGGAUUAAAAUAGGGUAUUACACACUUGGAAAGCUCUGCAUGGCACAGAUUUUUAAAAUACUUUGUGAUGAAUUCUUAUUUCUGUUUUGGGAUUUUUUUUUCAACAGACUUUGAUUUGUUGACAAAUGCAAAGUAUAUUUUGUGGCUAUAUAAUGUACAUUUCCUCAACAAUAAGCUUGAUUCACAUGAAAUAGUUUCUAAAGCAUAUUCAACUUGUUUCCUAAUAAACAAGUGCUCUUAUUCUGCUUAUAUUAAGCUGUACUUACAGCUCAGUUUUAGAAACAUGGUUUUUAUCUUGUUAAGUAUUCUACUUGUUUUGUCUCUCCUGUUGUUUGGCUUUGUAUUACACACGAGCUGGUUUGAGUUUUUUGGGUUUUGGGGGUUUUUAUCUUAAUUGGUGUUAAGUGUUCCAUGUAGUUUCAGUUUAGCUAAGCURUUUUCUCUUGCAUCAACGCUAGAUUCAAACAAAGCAGUGUUCACAAAAACCCUAGCUGGGUAGGCCUUAGAAGAACCACCUCCUGCUGUUUCAUUUUUAUGUUAAUUUCUUGGACAUGCUGUUAUUCAAUGGGGCUAAAAGAUUUAUGGUACCAUACUUUUAGUAUCAAAUUAAAACAUGCUUAGAGAGAAACAUUCAACCAGUGAUUAGUCUGCAGCUGCUCCACUGUUUUCAAUGCUCCAGUCAUGCUGCAAUACAGAGUUGCAACAUCUUCUGAGCCAGUGCUGUGGUCAGAGUUUC